AUGAAGCUGAGCAGCCUUCUCUCCCUUUCUCUUCCUCUGCUUGCAACUGCACAGACUGCAGCUCCCUAUACAGAUGCCAAAUCAGGUAUCACCUUCAACGCCUACGUGACCUCCAACUAUUUCUUCGGCCUUGCUCUGCCCGAGAAUGCGACUGGGUCUGACUUUAUCGGGACGAUUGGAGGCAAGGGAACCGGAUGGAGUGGUGCUAGCCUAGGAGGACAGAUGAGAAAUAAGCUUUUGGUCUUGUCGUGGCCGAAUGCCCAAGCUGUCUUGUCCAGCUUCCGAAAGACAGCCCAAUAUGGAUCUCCUGCGGUCGCGACCGGAACGUUUACCCAGACUCCGAUUGCCAAUGGAACUUAUGUUAACUCUACACACUGGACAUACACCUUCUUAUGUUCGAACUGCAUUCAGACCGAUGGGACAACUUUCAAGUCAUCGGAUACAACGGCGAGCAUUGGAUUUGCCUUUAGCGCUACUGCUCCCACUCAAAAAACGAAUGCUGGUAGCGCAGUCUCGAAGCACACGUCGCAGGGGCUGGUAACGUUCGAUCUGACAAAGGCGAAGAACGCCAACUUCGCCACCUGGAAGUCCUGGGCUGCCCCGAAAGUCGCCAGGGGCUUUGAGGCGUGA